UAGAGGAGGAGGAGGUUAGCUGAGGCAGCGGCGGCGGCGGCGGCGGCGGCGGCGGAGGCGCUGGGGCUGGUUACGCGCUGGGCGGCGAGAGCCUCAUGGCGGAGGAAGAGAGCGACCAAGAGGCCGAGCGCCUCGGAGAAGAGCUCGUGGCCAUUGUGGAGUCCCCCCCGGGCCCUGUGGGGCUCAGACCUGCGGGCGAAGGGAGAGGGGUUGGCGGCAGCGGUGGCUGUGUCGGCAGCGGCGGCGUCGGGAUCAGCAGCCGGGAUUACUGCAGACGCUUCUGUCAGGUGGUUGAAGAUUAUGCUGGAAGAUGGCAGGUUCCUUUACCGCAGCUUCAGGUUCUUCAGACUGCACUUUGUUGUUUCACAUCAGCCAGUGCAUCGUUCCCAGAUGAAUGUGAACAUGUACAAUAUGUUUUAAGUAGUCUUGCUGUGAGUUUCUUUGAGUUGCUGCUGUUCUUUGGAAGAGAUGAAUUUUAUGAAGAACCUUUAAAGGAUAUUCUUGGUUCAUUUCAGGAAUGCCAGAAUCACCUCCGCAGAUAUGGAAAUGUGAAUCUGGAACUGGUGACUCGAAUCAUUAGAGAUGGUGGCCCUUGGGAAGAUCCAGUGUUGCAAGCUGUUCUUAAAGCCCAACCAGCAUCUCAGGAGAUAGUGAACAGAUAUUUAAGUUCUGAAAAUCCACUGUUCUUUGAACUACGUGCCCGAUACCUAAUUGCUUGUGAACGCAUACCUGAAGCAAUGGCUCUUAUUAAGUCUUGUAUCAAUCACCCAGAAAUCAGUAAAGACUUGUACUUCCAUCAAGCUCUCUUCACGUGUCUGUUUAUGUCACCUGUAGAAGAUCAGCUAUUCCAAGAGCAUUUGUUGAAAACGGACUGUAAGAGUGGAAUUGAUAUCAUCUGUAACACUGAAAAAGAAGGCAAGACUUUGUUAGCCUUACAACUCUGUGAAUCCUUUCUUAUUCCACAGCUCCAGAAUGGGGACAUGUACUACAUAUGGGAGUUGAUUUUCAUAUGGAGUAAACUACAACUUAAAUGUAAUCCUUCAAAACAAGUUUUUGUAGAUCAAUGCUACCAACUUUUAAGGACAGCAACUAAUGUGAGAGUCAUAUUUCCUUUCAUGAAAAUCAUUAAAGAUGAGGUUGAAGAAGAAGGUUUGCAAAUUUGUGUUGAAAUAUGUGGUUGUGCCCUACAGCUUGAUCUUCAUGAUGAUCCUAAAACUAAAUGUCUAAUUUAUAAAACAAUUGCACAUUUUUUGCCAAAUGAUCUAGAAAUCCUCAGGAUUUGUGCCCUCUCAAUAUUUUUUCUUGAGCGUUCCUUAGAUGCUUAUCACACUGUUGAAGAGCUUUACAAACGCCCAGAUGAAGAAUAUAAUGAGGGCACAAGUAGUGUUCAAAAUCGUGUUCGCUUUGAAUUACUUCCAAUUUUGAAAAAGGGAUUAUUUUUUGAUCCUGAAUUUUGGAACUUUGUAAUGAUUAAGAAGAACUGUGUGGCAUUACUGAGAGAUAAAUCAGCAGUAAGAUUGCUAAAUGAAAGUACACUGGAAAAUACAGCAGGUAAUCUAAAAAAGACCGUGGAACAGCAAUAUUUGUAUGAAAGGCUUGACACGCUCACAGAUCAGAGUACUGGAGAGACUGAUCCUGAUGAUAUGUCUAGAGUGCAACCUAAAGGUCAUGUUAACUCAAGGAAAAGCCUCACUGCUCUUAACGUUUCCAAAGUGGAUCACAAUGUCCCAAGGCAUCGCUGUGUGUUAUGUAACAAGGAAUUUCUUGGUGGUCACAUUGUAAGGCAUGCCCAGGCUCAUCAGAAAAAAGGAAGCUUCUCAUGUGUAAUAUGUGGUAGGAAGUUUAGGAACAGAGGACUUAUGCAGAAGCAUUUAAAGAAUCAUGUUAAGAAGAUCCAGAGACAGCAGAUUGCUACAGCGCAACAGGAUGAUCCAGAAGUCAUCACUUUGGAAGAGAUAAAAUGUUCCAAGUCUUCCAUUUCCUUUGAAAAUGGAAAUUCUAACAAUAAGGGUUUAGAAGUAGAGAUGUUGACUGCUUCCAGUGAUGGCAACAAGGAGGUCAUCCACGAACACAUGGUUGAAUUUGUUGAUAUUCCUAUUGGUAUACCAGAGGCUACUAUUGAAAACAUCAUUGAAAAUGGCAGACCAGACACUUCUUUAAAGAAUGUCCCAGAACCUUUACCUCAAUGUGAGGAUGACUAUGAGGAGGAAGAGAAGGAAGGUGAUUAUGAAGAUGAUUAUGACCUGAAUCAAGACACGUCAGUACUUCAUAAAGUCAAUGGAACUGUGUGCCAUCCAAAAGAUGUAUAUGCUACAGAUCAAGAAGGAAACUUCAAGUGCCCUGCUCUUGGCUGUGUCAGAAUAUUUAAGAGAAUUGGAUUUUUAAAUACACACGCAAGGACUGUACAUCCAACUGAUAUAAAUGUGCGACAAACAGUAAUGAAGUGGAGCAAAGGAAAAUGCAAAUUUUGCCAGAGGCAAUUUGAAGAUUCGCAGCAUUUUAUUGAUCAUCUUAAUAGACACAGCUAUCCAAAUGUGUACUUUUGUUUGCAUUUUAAUUGCAAUGAGUCAUUUAAGCUACCAUUCCAGCUUGCCCAGCAUACAAAAAGUCACAGGAUAUUUCAAGCUCAAUGUAGUUUUCCAGAAUGCCAUGAGCUUUUUGAAGAUCUUCCUUUGUUAUAUGAACAUGAGGCUCAGCAUUACUUAAGCAAAACACCAGAAUCAUCUAAACAACCAAGUGAAGCAAUUCUUUUAGAUGUUCACACAGACUCAAAUCCUAAUCAUCAGGAAAUAGACUCAUCUAGUAAUGACAAACUAACUAUUGAUCAGCCAGUUUCUACUAGCAAAUCAAGGAAAGAGUCUACAGAACCAAAGACAUAUAUAGAAACUAUGGGAAAGAAAAUAGACAGUUUAGUUCAGAAUGGAAAUGAGCAUUCUGAUGGAACUGUUUCAAAUCAAAGCUUGAUAGACCAAAAGAUGCCUGAUAUAGAGCCAAACCCUGAAAAUAGUCAUUGUACUAGUGAUUUAGUAAAUGGACAUAGUGAAACAGAGCAAAUACCUUUAGUCGCAUCAGAUCCUGCUCUGAAAACUGAUACAAACAGAAACAGGACAGAAAAUGGGUCUAUUUUACCCAGUGUUGUACCACAAGAACCUAAUACCCUGCCAGUAUCUCAGGCACCAUCCAAACCAAAUCUUACAAGUGAACAUACUUCAUAUGGUGUAAUUUUAACAAAGCCAUAUGUCAGACCAUUGCCUCCCAGUUAUCUUGAUGAACGGUACCUUAGUAUGCCAAAACGCAGAAAAUUUCUGACUGAUCGAGUAGAUGCCUGUUCUGAUCAGGACAGCAUUUAUAAAAAAUCAAUGAAAAGAUUAAGAUGUGGCAAAUGCCUGACCACCUACUGUAAUGCAGAAGCACUUGAGGCUCACCUUGCACAAAAGAAAUGUCAGACACUCUUUGGAUUUGAUUCAGAUGAUGAAAGUGCCUGAUAAAAAUGUCGCAGAUCUGUUGAUCAUGCAGUAGUGUGAGAAAAAGCACUACAUGAAAAAUGCAUCAUCAGUUUGCUAUUUCCCUGAUGGCCUUAAUUUUAGAGUGGUCUCGGAUUACUAAAGAUAAAGACAAAGCACAUUUUCUGGAACUUGCAGAGGAGAUGUGCUGGCUUUGACUCCAAAAGGGUUAUAAAACUCCCAAAGUACCAGUUAUCCAGAAAACCACAUUCUUUAAAAAGUUUAUGAUGCUUAAUAGCAGCAUGUUCAGUUUUGCUUAUGAAAACAUGUUUGGGCAUUUAGUCAGAAGGAAAAACCAGCUAUGGCCUUACUGAAAGGAAAAAGUUAAUGCAUUAUAAGAUAGGAGGUGGAGUGGGAACUGGUUUAUAAUAAACGAUGUUAAGCAUUCUAAAAUGGGAUUUGUUUUCUUGUCCUGCAUAGUCAAAUUCUGUUUUCCCUUCUGAUCAGACAUAUUUUAAGAAACCAUUGCUCUUUAGUUUGUGAUAUAAUUUAGAAGCUGAUACAUAGAAAUAAUGCUUGAUUUAUCACCAUGUUAUCUACUACAGAUUGUAACUUGUUUCCAAAUGGUUAAUUAGACAGGUCAAAGUUCAGUGAAUGGCAUGCCACCAUUGAAAAUUUAAAAACCAAACAACAAAACAAAAACAAUUGUUUGACCAAUAAGCUCUUGAUAAGAACCUUCAGCUUUCCACUUUUGUAAUACAAGUUAGUUGUAUUUAAAAUGCAGCAGUGUUAAGUAGGUAAGUGUGGUUACUUUGGAGAGAUAAUCUAAGACCAUGACAGGUUUAUAGUCGAAGGAAGACACUGAAUUGCAAAUUCUUCAAUGUGAAUGAUAGUAAAAGCACACUGGGAUAUUUCUAUUUGUAUAUAGUAUUGGGACACUGCUUGAUGAUUCAUAGUAAGGUCCUUUAGACAUUAGUGUGAGUUAUCUAAGUAUAGUCCUAUAAAAAUAAUUGGCUUAAAAGUCUGACAGCUAAGAAUCAGGUUGAGAGUUCAUUUUAUUCAGUUAGGAAAAUUCCAAAGUAAGCCAUAUUACUCAUGUAUUUUAUUCAUUAGUGAUGAAUUUGGCCUGAAUAGUAAGUUUUAUAUUUAAAGAAGUAUUUACACCAAAAUCUGCACAAUAGGAACACAAUAAGAGAUUUAAUAACAUUAUUUUCCUUGGUGACCAAUAAUUUUCUGAAGAUUUUAACUUAUUAUUAAAAGAAUAAAUAUUACAGUUUUUAAAAAUAUCCUCUACAUGUUUCUCACCUACUAUUGAAAAGAAGAUGAUUAAAGAUCUCCUUUAAUGGUAUAUUAGUCUAAAGUGAGAUAAAAGAAAAUGCAAAAGUGAAUUCUUUAAGAGCAGACGUGAAUAUACCACUCUCAAGCAAAUAUUCCAGUUAUUCCAUCUAGUGUUUUUGUUUAAAGCAUAUAGUCUCAUCAUACCCCACUAUUAAGAGAAUUUUAGGAACAUUAGAGCUUUUUGAGUGAGGUUAAGGAAAUGGGAUAUUUCCUCCAGGGUGGCUCCAGACUUCAUAGAAUUAUGAUGUCUAGUCAUGGUGUAUCAGAGAAUUUAAAAUAAGUCUCAGUUUUAUUAUUGAUCCUGGGCAUUUGCAGCUAUGCAGUAAUGGUCAGACGUCCAUUCCAAUCAAAUUCAAAUUUGUCUUUGUUAUGUAGCCUACGUUAGGCUGUGGAAUUUACAUGUAGAUAACAUAAGUACAGUUCAUCAAGUUUUAAAGUCCUUUAAGGUCAACUCAAAAUGUUUUCCACAUUUUCUGUUACUAAAAAUGUAAUAAUUGACAUUUAUUUCAGUUCAUUCUAAAAGUAUAUCUUGUAAUAAAAAGUCUGUUUGGAAACUGGUUCAUUUGGACAAUGAAGUUUUUUUGAAAUAUAAUUUCUACUUUGUACAUUUUCCUGGAGUUUAAAAUAACAUUUUACCAUUUUUAACUUUACUUUUUACAAGUUGUAACUUCUGACAUAAAUAUAAUUCCAUAAAGUGUUAACAUUUUCACGAAUUUUAAAGUUUAUGCUAAGAUGUUUUAAUCAUAUUCCACUUUUAUUUUGUCUUUAAGCUUAAUUUGAAGCUUUUAUCACUACUUUUGUGUUCCUAGCAGGAAGUUUUCUGAUAAAGAUCAAAUUGGUUUAGAUAUAACUAAAUUAAAAUAUAAGAUUCUCUUUGACCACAUUGCCCUAAAUACUUCUCAAAUAAUGACUAUUGAAAGAAUUUAUAUAUUUUAUUUUGGCUGUCUUCUAAAAUAUAAGCCUGUAUCAUUCUAAUUUGGGAUUCAGAAGAGAAGGAAGCUUUCUUUUUAUUCAGAUUCCGUUUCUCUUUCUUUUCUACUUCUGUUUUGAGGAUAUAUGGACCAAGCUUCAAUCUUUGUUUUAAAACAGAAAUUCCUUCAAAAAAUAAAAUAUUAAAUUUCUGCUAUGUGUCAGUGAGAUCAAGAAAAGAGCAAAUCUGAAUUCUUGCUGCUCAGAUAAAGAUGUAGAAAAGGGGACUGACUCUGUGGACAAGGACACUGGUACUUUGGGCUCUAGCCAUACUCAAUUUUUAAAAACCACCAGUUAGAUAAUGAAUACAUAAUUUAUAUCAUUGAAUUUGUGAUUCUUUCCAAAUCACACUGAACAUUCAGCCGUAUUUUCAUGUUUGGUAAUACUGUUGUAUGAAUGAAAAACCGAAAAGGUAUGAUAGUGUUUAUUUUUAAUUUAUUUGGUACUGUAAAACACCUUUUCAGAAUGAGCAAAUGCUGCGAGUGCAUUUUGGAAUUGUUACUAUGUGAAAGAUACUACAGAUUCAGCAAGAAAGGAAAUCUGUGCUUCCUUGUUGAACAUUAAAUUAUUUUACUUUGCAUUUUAUAAAAGUACAAUUAAAACUGAGCCAUUGAACUGCAAUAAAUCAACAAUAGUGUCUCAUUUCAAGAAGUUUUUUGUAUUGUACAUAGAUUUGUUCAAUAAAACAUUGUCCUUGUUGAUAA